GAUACUUGUACAGAAUGUGCCCCUACAAAUAAUUCAAAUACUGUGUAUUUGAGGCGUGUAUGAUGAGAUAAAUAUAUAUAAUAAUAUUCAUCUCUCAUCCACUGAUUUAUUCAUAAAUGUGGGGUUACCUUCGGGUGAAGGCGGAGUUGCCUGUUCUGACGUCUAGUGACACUGAGCCCACCUCUUCCUGUCGGUGUCAGAAAGGCAACUUCACCAUAUUUAGCUGGCUUGCCGAAGCCCAGCACAGUUCAUCUGUCAAGCGAACUGAAAACCUCCACACUUCUCGGUUGAUACGCGGCGGCGCUUACGGCUUCAUUUUUGGCACCCGGACGCAAACCGCGGAGGACGACGUCGCUGGGACGCGGUGCCCGGCAAACGUGACCGAGUCAACGUCUGCUUUUAAGGGCGAUAAAAGUAGCCGUCGUCUGUCAGAAUUCCAACUAUCCAGCAGCCGAGCUAGCCAACCAGCUAAUUGCCGUAGCUGCCCGACACUCGCUGUGCCGUGGACACCAAUUUAUGUCGCCCGCGUUAGUGGGGAGACAUCCGUAAGGCUUCGUUUGGACUCUCUGGCCCCACCUGUGAUGAUGUCCUGACAUCUCCUCUCGUCCGUUUCGGCCGCUUCCCUGCUCCUGGCUAGCGAGCUAACUUGGCUAACUGGCAGGUUUCCGCUGCCACAGCUUCGUGUCGAGCAACCAGUAGCUUUCGCCGUGGCAGUGAAAUCCGAUUGGAUACGCUGACCGUGUGGGUACGUCUGCGGGGAGGAAAAGCCGGAGACCCUCGGCCGAGGGAAGCGACGCGGAAGGGGCCCCCGUUGGCAGUAGGACGCUCGGCCGCUCAGCUGUGCACGGCCGGAGGAGACACCGGACUGAACGGAGGGAGAGUCCCGAACCUUUGACAUCUGUGAUCCGGGAAGUGAACCGGGCAGGGACCUCAUGAAUGGAAAUCGGAACUACAGGAGCCGUUGGGGCCCAGUCCCUGUUCUCCAUGCCUCGGCGGCCUGGCUAUGGCACCAUGGGGAAGCCAAUCAAGCUGCUGGCCAACUGCUUCCAGGUGGAGAUCCCCAAGAUGGAUGUCUACCUCUACGAGGUGGACAUCAAGCCUGACAAGUGCCCACGGCGAGUCAACAGGGAGGUGGUUGACUCUAUGGUGCAGCACUUCAAGGUGACCAUCUUUGGGGAUCGGAGGCCAGUCUAUGAUGGAAAGAGGAGUCUGUACACGGCCAACCCACUACCUGUGGCUCCCACGGGGGUGGACCUGGACGUCACUCUUCCAGGUGAAGGAGGGAAGGAUCGGCCUUUCAAGGUCUCCAUCAAGUUUGUGUCUCUGGUCAGCUGGCACAUGCUCCACGAAGUGCUGACCGGCCGCAGCAUGCCUGAGCCCCUGGAGCUGGACAAGCCCAUCAGCACCAACCCUGUACACGCAGUGGAUGUAGUGCUGCGGCACCUGCCCUCCAUGAAGUACACUCCAGUGGGUCGAUCCUUCUUCUCGGCUCCAGAGGGCUAUGACCAUCCUCUGGGGGGAGGGAGGGAGGUCUGGUUUGGCUUCCACCAGUCUGUGCGCCCUGCCAUGUGGAAGAUGAUGCUUAACAUUGAUGUAUCUGCCACAGCCUUCUACAAGGCCCAGCCAGUCAUUCAGUUUAUGUGUGAAGUGCUGGAUAUCCACAACAUAGACGAGCAGCCUCGCCCUCUAACAGACUCGCACCGGGUCAAAUUCACCAAAGAAAUCAAAGGUUUGAAGGUGGAGGUGACACACUGUGGAACCAUGCGGAGGAAGUACCGCGUCUGCAACGUGACCCGUCGGCCUGCCAGCCAUCAAACGUUCCCUCUACAGUUGGAGAACGGUCAGACUGUAGAGCGUACUGUAGCCCAGUACUUCAGGGAGAAGUACAACCUGCAGCUCAAGUACCCACAUUUGCCCUGUCUACAGGUGGGCCAGGAGCAAAAGCACACCUACCUGCCCCUGGAGGUGUGCAACAUUGUAGCUGGUCAACGGUGCAUCAAGAAGCUGACAGAUAAUCAGACCUCCACUAUGAUCAAAGCCACAGCUCGCUCUGCACCUGACAGACAGGAGGAGAUCAGCAGGCUGGUGCGCAGUGCCAACUACGAGGCUGACCCGUUUGUGCAGGAGUUCCAGUUCAAAGUGCGUGACGAGAUGGCCCACGUGACGGGGCGAGUGCUACCCGCCCCCAUGCUGCAGUACGGCGGCAGGGUGAGCACAGAGCACUUUAUGAACCGCACCGUAGCCACACCCAGCCACGGGGUGUGGGACAUGAGGGGGAAGCAGUUCCACACCGGAGUGGAGAUCAAGAUGUGGGCCAUUGCCUGCUUCGCCACACAGAGGCAGUGUCGGGAAGAAAUCCUCAAAGGUUUCACGGACCAGCUGCGUAAAAUCUCUAAGGAUGCUGGGAUGCCCAUCCAAGGCCAGCCAUGUUUCUGUAAAUACGCCCAGGGAGCAGACAGCGUUGAGCCCAUGUUCAGACACCUGAAGAACACCUACGCCGGACUGCAGCUCAUCAUCGUCAUCCUGCCGGGAAAGACUCCAGUCUAUGCGGAGGUGAAGCGCGUGGGGGACACCCUCUUGGGCAUGGCGACCCAGUGUGUUCAGGUGAAGAACGUGGUGAAGACGUCACCUCAGACCCUCUCCAACCUCUGCCUCAAGAUCAAUGUGAAGCUGGGAGGCAUCAACAACAUCCUGGUGCCUCACCAACGACCAUCAGUGUUUCAGCAGCCAGUUAUCUUUUUGGGAGCAGAUGUUACACAUCCGCCUGCUGGAGAUGGGAAGAAGCCUUCAAUUGCAGCAGUGGUAGGCAGUAUGGAUGCCCACCCCAGCAGGUACUGUGCCACUGUGCGAGUCCAGAGACCCAGGCAGGAGGUUAUCCAGGACCUGGCCUCUAUGGUGCGGGAACUGCUCAUCCAGUUCUACAAGUCAACACGCUACAAGCCUACCAGGAUCAUUUUCUACAGGGAUGGAGUUUCAGAAGGCCAGUUCAGACAGGUGCUGUAUUAUGAGCUGCUGGCCAUCCGUGAGGCCUGUAUCAGCCUGGAGAAAGAGUACCAGCCAGGCAUCACCUACAUUGUUGUGCAAAAACGCCACCAUACACGCCUCUUCUGCGCCGACCGCAACGAGAGAGUUGGACGUAGUGGAAACAUUCCUGCUGGUACUACCGUGGAUACAGACAUCACACAUCCCUACGAGUUUGACUUUUACCUCUGCAGUCACGCUGGAAUACAGGGCACCAGCCGACCCUCCCACUACCACGUCCUAUGGGACGACAAUUGUUUUACCGCUGAUGAGUUCCAGCUGCUCACCUACCAGUUGUGCCACACCUACGUGCGCUGUACCCGCUCAGUCUCCAUCCCUGCGCCAGCCUACUAUGCCCACCUGGUGGCCUUCCGCGCCCGCUACCAUCUGGUGGACAAAGAACAUGACAGCGCUGAGGGCAGCCAUGUGUCCGGUCAGAGUAACGGUCGGGACCCCCAGGCGCUGGCCAAAGCUGUUCAGAUUCACCACGACACCCUGAGGACCAUGUACUUCGCCUGAGCUCCACCAACCCUCCCCAGUUAUUGCCACCCAUAACACACAGAAAUAAAACACACAGACACAACCAUGCACGCCUGACUUGCCAGUCAAGGAGUCCUCAUAGGUGCAAGUCCCACCCCGACCCCACAUGCCUAGUCAAUCCGGACCUGACACUGUGCAGAGGAAAGCAGGGAGGAGGGAGGGGAGGAGGCACCCCCACACUGGACUGAGGAUGCAAAAGCUGCUUUAAAAACAAACAAGAGAGAAACUCAGCACUAUUAUGCAAUAUUAAACCAGCCAACUAGUUCAUUUCCUCCCUUAUCAGGCCUCCUUUUACAUUGCCCUUCCCUAUCAGUUCUUCCCUGUUUGUCUCUUUUACUUGUGACCUAGUGGGUGUUAGUUUUUCUUUCUUAUUACCUUUCCCCUCCUUUGGCAUAGUCUUUCUUAGAAGUCUAUCAGUCUACUCCUUUGCCAUCUCCAGUACCUCAAGUUGGUUUGAGCAGCAGCACUUUUACAUUCUGUCAGUUUUCCUGUAGUUUGUCGUUGAUUCUCCCCAAUGCUUGAAACAAGGGAGCACAGAAGGAAGCGUCAGACUCUGGAGCUGUUUAGAGGUGUUUGAUUUAUUUUGGAAUAUAAUUUCAAGGACCGGAUGUCCUCCCAUUUGCCACUUUUAUUAUCUUUCCUUUUGUUUCUUCUCGUCACUUUUCACUUUUAUGUGAUACCACCGGUUACUUGUAUGGGACUACAUGUUUAUUUGAGCACACUGCCACCUGUUGGCGACGAGGUAUAAAUGCCCCCAAAAAGUCACACAAGGAGUUGUGGUCUUGUGAGGUUUCAGAUCAAUUUUGAUUUCUUUCUAACAGUCGGCUGUCACAUUUGAACAGGGGCAGUUUAGAUUGGCUGAUAUAUCAAUUGCUGAAUUCCAGCCAUUUAUGGAUUUAAUUUAAAGUAUAACACUGUUGUUUGAUUCUAAUUGUUAUGUUUCUUCUACAUUAUGUGAAACAUUUUACGAUUCUAACUCUUUUUUUUUUUAUUACUUAUUCGUCUAAGCUUUUGUUUUUAAUCUUAGCAAUCAUCGCGCAUUCAUUUCCCUCAGUGCUUUAUCCAGCAUUUUCCUGUUGAGUUUAAGAUGGUGAAUAAGUAGAGAACAUGUCGAUGGUUUCCUCUAGUGCAAUAAUCAGUUGAACGAAGGGAAGAGUAUUUUAGGAGACUUAAAUGACUCAAAAGUACAGCUACAUAUUUUCAUUUGAACGUGAGCGUCCUCGAAAGGAGAAAAGUUUGCCACUUGCAAGGCACUUUGGUGCUCAUGUUUGAGUCGACUGAUCAGCAUGUUUCCAGUUUGCCCUCGUUGUCGGGCAGAAAUGGUGCAACUGCAGUUUCGGUGAUCACCACGUUUUUACUUGAACUGAAGGAUUUUUGGUGGCUUGAGAAGACUUUAUGAUUUAUGAUAAAGGCGGGCAUGAAUUCAGAAUUCCUGAUCACCGGUUUGCUAAUGAGGUUGAGUUCCUCAAAUCCUAAGAAUAAGAAAGCUUUUCGCCUGACAGCAGCAAAGUGGAGUUUAAAGGCCAUAAAGAGGUAGUUUUCAAGUGCCUGGUGGAUGUUCUGUGUUUAAUGGUCGAAAGCUGCAUAACUUACUAUCGGGAUCCUAUUCAAAGUGAUCAAAAGGACAGCAUGAGAUGGUUUGAAGCGAGAACGUUUCACCCGAUGCCUCUUAUUCUUCUCAACAACCGUCUACUGACUUUUCUAUACAUCUCAUUUAAAUCAACCUAAGAUCAAUAUAUUUAUUGUAUUUGCCUAUACAGCAGUGUUAGCUGUUGGCUUUGCUUUGGAGCAGCAUUCAAGCAAAGCAGGCCAAGUUGUCUUUUUGCUUAAUAUUCACCAGACAUGGAUCCAGCUGCUACAGUGUGUUUGUGACUAACGGGCCGGGUUCACGGGCGUGGAGUUAGCCUUGUUGUAAAAUAAUGACUUCAAUAAUAAUAAUCUUUCAGUAGAAAUCUUAAGACCAGGACGAGGUUAGGUUCUUGCCCGUGCAGCCGGCCCACAGUCGGGACUGGCUUCAGAACAGAGCUGAGGAGUCAAGUGGACGACCAACGUUUGCAGCAGCAGUAGAGUUGGUUGUUGAAGCGUGUCACCACGUAACUCCUCUCUUCCGCUGAAGACCUGAAGCUUGUUUGGGGGGAGGGGGGGGUGUUUUUAAAAGUUAUCUGCACUAAAAGAAGCAUGUGUUUCGGGAGUGAACACAGACGUGGUGCUACUCUGUUUGAAUUUGAAGCUGAACCUCUGUAGGAGACUCUGUAUGAGCAGGUUGGGUAAAAAAAAAAAAAAAAAAACCUCACUCGCCAAAGGACAAGAGAAGGUCCCACCGCUACAGUUACUGUGAGGAGGUCUAGGUGUGUGAUCUGACGUGGACUAAAUCAGCAUUGAGAACUAAACGGUACAAUGGAAGACGUUCCCUUGGACAGUGAGGUGUAACGCACGGGCCUGGCUCUGCUGAUUGAGUUUGACUGCCUUUCACGGGCGAGCCUUCCAGCGUGGAAGCCAGUGGGUUUGAGCCUUCAUGAUUUCACUAGUAUCUGAAAGCCUUUUUAAAAAGCCAGAUCGAAAGUAUAUUUGUACAUUUUAAAUUAUGUAAUGCACACCACUUAUUUUUGCUAACAGAAAAAAAGGUAGUCUAAUUAUUAAUCUUAGUAAUAAAUGUAUCGCGAUAAGUAAUGGUUAAAAAUAUAUAACAAAGUUUUAUUACUGCAAUAGACUGUUGACUUGUUCCUGUGUCACUGUAUAACGUAUAGCGUAUGUGUGAACAGUGGUGGGCUUGUUGAACCUAGUGAUGCGUGUUUGGACUGUUAUACUGUUAUUGACGGGGACGUGGACUUAAACCACCUCUUGCUUUGAUGUUUGGAGAAAAAAAACUGCGAGAUACUGACUGCUUCUUUCUCUCCUUUUUAUUUUCUAUAUAUAUAUUUUUUUUAAAUUGAUGUUCAUACAGCUGGAAUUUUGUCACGGAGGAGGCAAAAACUCCAAAAGCCUGUGUGUUAAGUCAUUACAACGCUAUUGUGACGAUAUAAUGGUAGAAUAAAAGAGGAGUGGGUUGAUCUAUUGAACGUCUGCUCUCGAAUGUUCACGGGUUUCCUUCAACUGGUGCUGAUGCCUGCUCCUUAUCGGAAGCGAGAGUGGAAAGGAACGGGCAAGUGGUGUUUGAAAGUCUUGGUGAUCCAUUUCAAAGACGUGUGUGAUCAAAGAAUAACGUAACAAGGAGUAGUAGCUCUCCAUUCCUUUGCGUUAAAGCCUUAGGGGGAUUUAAGUCGGAUUUUCAGAUCCGUCUUUUUUAUUUUUUUUUGAGCCACUUCAUGUCCUCCCGGUAAACCUACAGUGCAGCAAAGCUUGUAAUCUUAUUUUUGCUACCAAACAUUUACUCCCCCUGUGCCAGAGGGCUACAUUCCAUGGCCGUACGAUCUCACCCAAUCCCCCUGGGAGGCAUAAGGAAGGUUAAAACUGAAGGACGGUAUAGUGAGAACAGUAUGUGCGUGUUUUGGAAGGAAUCAAAGCUGAUGAAUGGACUCUGCGCGGUGCAGGUUAUGUUGGAAGUGAAGCCUAUAUCACUACGGUCUGUAAUGCACGUUCAGGUUGUGUAUGAACCCUUGAGGGCUGUUGAACACAUGUUUACAUAGCAGAUGUGUUUGCCUCCCUUACAUUUGAAAUGUCAUCUGUUGACCUAACAUGUGGAAGUGCGCGCUCGGUGGGAUACCGAGGCGUUAUCUGUUGGCCAGUUUUCCCUCAGACAUUUGUGUCACCUGACGGAGGAAGUUUUUACGUUGAUUGGUGUGAAGGGGUACACGAUUCUCACGGCUUGCAGACAGCUGUCGGUCAGCUCUCAAUUUGGCUUCGCUGUCGAUGCAGACGAAGCAUUUGUGGAAGCUGAAGAACAUGCAUCUUGCUCUCAAAGCGUCCGGUGAAGUAAAUUGGCAGAUUCGCUUCAAAAGGUCAGAGCAAAACCCGUUUUUAACAGUAAAGUGAAGCUGUGUUCCAUUUUUGAGUGAUCGAUCAGUAUCCCAGACUUUGGUUGCUCUUGUCAGUGGAAGGUAGCAAUGGAGUGAGGAAAAAAAAAAGUCCACAGAAAGUGCCUUUCCUCUUGAUGGUGCUGUAAAUUGAAAGAUAAAAUGUAAAAUCAAAGUAGUAGACUCCUUUUCAAAAACACAUGGCGAUGCAGGAAGAGCUGCAUUCGACACACACUCACUGUACACUGUUUGUGUUUUGUUCUGUUUUUUAGAGACGGCAAUGCAAACUUGUGUUUCAUGUAUUUAGACAUUAAGCCUACACAGAAGUAGAAUAUUAUGCCAAGUAUAUGGUUGUGGUUGAGCUCUUGCUUACUAGUGCAUUUAGUGUCUUGGACCAAUGGUGUUGUUGGUACAGUGGAAUGUGCAUUUGGGUGGGUUGGCAUGGUCGUGGGCCAGCCCACCAGUGACAAACAUAGCACAGCACUUUAGAGACUGCCGCUCUCAGUGAGACACAUAGCCAAGAGGUUCUGACCUCUGUCCCUCCCGUCCCCUUCUUCCUCCCGCUCAGGAGGAGGAGAGGAGCCAAACCUCAGCGUGAACGAGGAGCCGAAGGGACGCGCGUUACCAAACGAAGCAGUCGGUCAAUAAAAGUGUGCCUCAUGACCUUGUGACUUGGCUCGGGUGUGUCGGCCUGCUCUCGGGUGGCGGGGUUCCCUCUGGAGCCGCCGCUCGACUCUUUGUUACAGCUAGGGCUGGGCGUCAGCGCGUCGCUCACAUAUUUGGCAUCGGGAUUUUAAAGCGCCCAGAGUAGAUUUAUUUUUUUUUUUUUGCACUGAGGAAUAAAGGUUUUCUCCUGAAUCUGUUAGAUACGAUGCUUUAAUGUGUUGCACAGCAACUUUAAUUCAAGUGUCCAAUCCCAGCAGGUUUAGAAAUGAAAUGAACAGAGCCAGUGUCAGUAUUGAGCCUUUGUUUCCCCCCCCCACGAUGCCCAGCCCUAGUAGCAGCCCAUGGCAUUCUUUCACGCUGCGCAACGCCCUGCCAUGUGUCUGGUCCCCGAUGGAGGGAACACGUGCCCCGCAGCGUCCUCGUCUUGAGCCGUCGGGUGUCGAAUGGAAUCCGAGGGCGGUCUGUAGUUCUGUGGGUACCUUUUCAAGUCCAGGGGGUGAAAUCUUUCUAUUACAACAAAUCUCAAAACAAAAAAAACAAACAAAAAAAAAACACUGCACCUCACUUACCUUGGUAUGCUGCAUAUGUUAUACUACAUGAAAGAAAACUGCAAAUUGCUUUUAUUAUUAUGACAUAUAAUGCUUGAGUAAUGCCUGAUUGCGAUAUUCUUAUACAGUAACAAUUUUAGAGUCAAAGUAAGUAUAACUGUAAAAAAAAAACUAUUCUGUUUUGUCUUAACACUUAUCCGAUUUUGAAAAAUUGUUCUUGAGCCGACUUUUAUUUUGUUGUCCUAUUUAAAUGUGUUGUUCUUUAAAUAUAUAUAUGAAAUAUAUAUGCGGAAUAUUUUAUGGUGUAUUUAUUGAGAGUGCGUUUUAGCGGCUGGAGUCUCCGCACCACUUUUGCAGCAUGGUGGGGGCGGAGCCUGGAGGACGAGGCCUUUAGCCCCUCCCCCUCCAUGUUGACGCCUUAUUAUUCUCCAAGAAACGCAAGCACAACAGUAUGGAGGGGGGUGCGAGGUGGAGGAAAGGGAGGAGAUGGGUUUUGACUUGAGGCUGUGGGUAUUUACAGGCCGGCUCUCCCUCCUCCACUUUUCUUAAUAUUCUUUAACCCUCCACUCUUCUUUCACCACCUGAGAAAUGCCAACCCCCACAUGUUGCAGCUCAUCUCUGACGAAGGGAACCAUUUCUGAACCACACUGACUUUAAUGUCAAAUAGCUGACUUUUCCUCCCAAGCUGCUAAUUGGUACGGUAGCCAUGUAAAUUCCCCGAGCCAGUAAAAGGCAAGUGGAAGAGUGUUUCAAAUAUAAAGCAGCAGGGGAAGGAAAGAAGGAAGGAAACAUGUUUGAAAGGCAGAAUUAUGGUGAAACCUUUAGUGUAAGUGUUGCUUCUUUCUUCUUUAAUUGGUUAGUUUUUUUUUUUUGUGCCAGAAUAAUUUUCAGCAGGAACAGGUCUCAUUCCACAAUAUAAGACACGCCUUAGCCUUAAGUGCGUUGUUACGUUGUCGUCAGAAAUCUGUGACUUUGCAAUGCCUGCGUUGGGCGGCCUACCAAGAAAUCUAGCCUACGUACUUGAUCUGCCCUGAUUUCGCCAACCGGGAUCCUCAUCUCUUCUCACAUGAACCACUAACACUGCUACAGAGCUUGGUGAACUCUUACGUACGAAGGUAGCUUUCAGAAAUUGCUUCGUCUCAUUUGUGCUGAUGUCAGAACUGAACCCAGGCCUGGGUCAGACUGCAUUUGGAAACGAUUCUCAGCAUUUGUUUUGUUUUUUUACUGAAGGAGCAGUGCCUACUGCCUCGGGACAACGCCUAUAUCGUCGUCAUCGUGUAAAUUCAGAAUCUCUUACAUAUUGUAAUUUGACUUUUUCUACAUGUUCUUCUUGUGUAAACUUAUUGGUUAUCAUUGUAUUGGCAAAUCCAAAGAACCACGUAUUCAGAUGCAGUUUGACUCGGGCCUGGUGAGAGCCAGGAGGUUCCCCAGUGUGCUGGAUUACAGAGACCUGUGCCUGUAUAAUGAACCAAGGAUGGAUUGUGUUGUGAUGAACUGUUGUUUUUUUUUGUUUUUUUUUUCUAUUUUAUUUUCAUUUCAUUUGUCCCUCUGCCUGUCAAAGGGUUGGAGGAUGAGAGACAUGGACCUUUUGAGUGUAGUCUAUACUGUUCCCAAACAAGUAGGCCCUCUGUUCAUUAAACCAAAAAACUAAUAAUUUGGUCUAAUGAAUGUUUACCGUAAUGUUUAUUCCCGUGGCUAUCAGAUGUUUAACCUGUUUUCAUCCCAUUUGCAUUCCAAUCGACUUCAAACCAAAUAUUGCAGAAGAGAUUAGGCUCCUUUAUGCCGUUUACCUUGUAUACACGUACUGGUUUUGAAGACGGAUAUUUGACUGUGGCCAAGGAUUUAAAACAUUUUGUGUUGUAACUUUUCAAUGUAGCACCACUCCUGUGUCAGUCUUAUUUCACGAAAGAUGUUGAACUUGAGUGAGGCACCAGCAAACUGAUGUGUACGCUGAACAGUGAACCUUCACCACCAGAUGAUCCAUGUCUCAGUCUCUGUAUUUUGCAAAGGCUCUGUUGUACCAACAGCUCUAUUCCUUUCAGUUUUACACGUCUCUUUCUUUUGUUACUCUAUCUUAUAGGUUGUCUGCCUUUUAGUGUUGCUUUGCUUCAGUUUGAAGUGUAUCUUUGACUAAUACUUGCAAUAAAAUGCUUUGCUUUA